CUGCCCCCGAAAACUCAUCCCCAUUUUUACAAAUUUACCCCUCGACUCCCCGCAAAUUUAAUUCCCUACUUCCCACCGAGCCAUGCUGAAAAUAUUCAGACGGCGGAACAAAACCCAUCGUCCCCAAUCGCUGCCGCCGUAAACCCUGAAAAAUACCCCGACGCCAUGUCGGCGCCGCCGCCUACCGCCGCCGCAAUCCCCCACUUCCACACCACUCCUCCCCUUUUCCCGACUGUCAACUCCACCGUCCUCCCCGACCCGUCCAAGUUCUUCGCCCCCGACCUCCUCUCCGCUCCUCUCCCGACCAACUCCUUCUUCCAGAACUUCGCCCUGGAAGACGGCGACCAGCCGGAGUACUUCCACCCGUACCUCGUCCAGUCGUCCCGGUCCAAGCUCACCCUCUGCUACCCCUCCCUGUUCACCACCGCCGCCUUCUUCUACCAGAUCUUCGCCGCCGACAUCGCCAUAUCCACCCUCAACAACCCCAAUCCGAACGCGAAACACGUGAUUUCCAAGUACAGCGACCUCAGCGUCACCCUCGAUUUCCCCUCGAACAACCUCAAGUUCUACCUCGUCCGCGGCAGCCCCUUCGUGACCUGCAAAAUCAGGCGCAAGGUCCCGCUCUCGAUUUCGACCAACCACACGAUUCGAGCCCUAAUCCCUAACACCGACCUCACGAAAUACACAAUCAAGCUCAACAAUAGCCAGACAUGGCUGCUGUACGCCUCGCCCCCUGUAAAAUUGACCCUGGUCAAAAACAGCAUCAGCAGCUCCACCGAGUAUUCCGGUCUGAUCCGAAUAGCCGUCCUACCCGACCCGAAAUCCGAAUCCGUUCUGGAUCGGUACAGCUCCUGCUACCCCGUGAGCGGCGAAGCUCUUUUCAACGAACCUUUCAGAAUCGACUACAGAUGGAAGAAAGAAGGGUCGGGAGAUUUGCUAAUCCUAGCCCACGCCCUCCAUCGCCGCCUCCUCUCAGCCGACUCCUCAGUUACUGUGCUCGACAAUUUGAAGUACAACAGCGUGGACGGUGAACUAGUGGGCAUCGUCAGUGAUUAUUGGACCAUGAAAACCGAGCCCGUGCCAGUGACCUGGCACUCAAUCGAAGGCGUUAACAAACAAUACUACUCUGAAAUCAUCCAAGCUCUGGAUAAGGACGUCGAGUCGCUCAACGCCAGCUCGAUCUCCACCAAAUCUUCCUAUUUCUACGGGAAGCUAGUCGCUCGAGCCGCCAGGCUGGCGCUGAUUGCCGAGGAAGUUUCUCAUCUGGACGUGAUCCCAACUAUCCGGAAGUUCUUGAAGAAGACGAUCGAGCCCUGGUUGGACGGCACUUUCAAUGGCAACGGGUUUUUGUACGAUCCGAAAUGGGGCGGGCUCGUGACCGAACAAGGCUCGUCAGAUCGAACAGCCGAUUUCGGAUUCGGGAUUUUCAACGACCACCAUUAUCACAUCGGCUACUUCAUUUACGGAAUAUCCGUGCUAGCCAAGAUUGAUCCCUAUUGGGGGAGAAAAUACGAGCCUCACGCUUACUACUUGAUGUCCGAUUUCAUGAACCGCCGGAGGAGGAGGAGAAAAAAUGGGAAUAAUAAUAAUAAUAAUAAUAAUAAUAAUAAUAAUAAUAAUAAUAAUAACUUGAGCUAUAGUACUCGUCUGAGAUGCUUCGAUCUUUACAAAAUGCACUCAUGGGCUGGUGGGCUUACCGUUUUUGCCGAUGGGCGGAAUCAAGAAAGCACGAGUGAGGCUGUGAACGCGUACUACUCGGCAGCUCUAAUGGGGAUGGUUUAUGAAGACACGAGCUUGUCAUCUUUCGGGUCGACUCUAUUGGCUCUUGAAAUGAAAGCUGCCGAAAUGUGGUGGCACGUGAGGAAAGACAAUUAUCUGUAUCCGGAGAAGUUUGUUAGGGAUAACAGAGUUGUUGGGGUGUUGUGGUCGAGCAAGAGGGAUAGCGGGCUUUGGUUUGCGCCUCCCGAGUCGAGAGAGAGUAGGCUCGGAAUUCAGCUGCUCCCACUUUUGCCGGUUAGUGAGGUUUUGUUCUCGGAUUUGCAGUAUGCGAAAGAGCUUGUGGAUUGGACUGUGCCGGUUUUGAAGAGGGAAGGGGUCAGUGAAGGGUGGAAAGGGUUUUUGUACGCGUUGAGAGGGGUUUAUGAUCCAAAGGGGGCUUUGGAGAGUAUUCGGACGUUGGAAGGGUUUGACGAUGGGAAUUCUUUGACGAAUCUUUUGUGGUGGGUUUACAGCAGAAGGGUGAAUGGGAGCUUCAGCUUGGGUUUGACCAAGAUUGAUUCACACUUUUGCCUAGAAGCUCAUAUUCAGUUAGCUUCACCUCGUUGUAUGCUUGAGCUUCAUAUUCAGUUAGCUUCACCUCGAUGUAUGCUUGAUAAAGCUCGAAUUAAUACAUGCUCGAGUUCAACCCAAAGGCGGUCCAACUCGUAUACCCGAGAUGAAUAUGUGUUACAUUGUUGA